GUGUGUGUGUGUGUGUGUAGGAGCAGAGCUCCGAGGGUCCACCACAGCUCACCUUGCUCGAGGCUAAGGACCUCGACCACCCGACAGCCAAUGAAGAGCUGGACACCCCCACCUCCAACACCUCCAUGGUUACGGUCACCAACGACAGCUCAGCUGAGAAUGACACUCCACAGCAGACAGACUCAGAGGACCCCAACGUCGUCGAGCAGGAAGGCGAGUCGGCGGAAACCCCCGAAUCCUCUGCCCCACUUUUGAGCCCGGCCACGCCCGACGACAGCGGUGCGCUCACUCCCCUGGGACCCGAUGCUCCCCCCGACGCCCCCAGUCAGAUGCCCCAUACCCAGUUCACCCUCCCACCUGGUACCGCUAUCGCCAGCACCAGAACCGGCGCGCCUGCCGCCUCCACGCUCCCAUGGCCCGGCGAGAUCCAGCAGCUGGCCGCUGCGGACGCCCAGAGCGGCAGUGUCUUCAACCUGCCCUCGACCAACGACCACUUCAAGGGCCUCGGGGGGGAUCUUUCGGCGGGCGUCUACGGCAGUCUGUCGCGGGGAAGCCUCCAUGGCUACUGGCCCUCCAGGAACUACCAGGCCGGGGGUCACUUCACCUUACCGUUCCCCCGGGACAUGGGCCUGCGGAGCCAGCCUGAGGGCGAGAUGCUCGGGGAGAAGCGGGCCGAGGAGAACAGAACGGAGGUGAAGGCGGACCACCCACCGGCCGCCGGGUAUCAAACCCUGGGAGGAAACUAUCCUUUCAGGCCCAUCACCACCAUGGAGCUUCUGAGAGAGCCGUCCAGAACCAGGGGCGGCUACGAAGACGGCAUCAUGCCCGCCGUGCAGGACGCCGCCCCUCCCCCCACCGCCGCCGCGCAGCCCCCCCCCUUCUACCCCACCAUGUCCCGGGCCCAGACCCUCCAGCUGCCCCACAGCGGCAGCCACACCAAGCGCAGCAGCAUGGUCAGCCUCGACGGCGCCCGGCGGGACCCCUGCUGGCGGGACCCCAACCUCCACGAGGUCAUCUCCAUGCUGGGCCACCCCAUGGACCCCGUCAAGUCCAACGCCGCCGCCUACCUGCAGCACCUGUGCUACGAGAACGACCGCAUCAAGCAGGAGGUCCGGCAGCUGAGGGGGGUCCCGCUGCUGGUGGAGCUGCUGGACCACCCGCGGGCCGAGGUGCACCAGAAGGCGUGCGGCGCACUCCGAAACAUCUCCUACGGCCGGGACCACAACAACAAGGUGGCCAUCAAGAUCUGCGACGGGAUCCCGGCGCUGGUGCGGCUGCUGAGGAAGUCCAGCAACAUGGAGGUCUGCGAGCUGGUCACAGGGACUUUGUGGAACCUCUCUUCACAUGAGCCGUUGAAGAUGGCCGUCAUCAACAACGGCCUGCAGACGCUCACUGAUGAGGUCAUCAUCCCGCAGUCGGGCUGGAGGCGGGACCCGGGCGGAACGUCGGCCCCCGCCGAGACCCAGUGGACCACCGUGUUCAGGAACACCUCGGGGUGCCUGAGGAACGUGAGUUCUGACGGGGCGGAGGCGCGGCAGCGGCUGCGUGAGUGCGAGGGGCUGGUGGACGCGCUGCUCCACGCGCUGCACUCGGCCGUGGUCAACGGCGAGACCGACAACAAGUCCGUAGAGAACUGCGUAUGCAUCCUGCGGAACCUGUCCUAUCACGUUCACAAGGAGGUGCCAGGAGCGGAGCGCUUCCAGGAGCCCCACCUCAACCUGUUGUCCCGCCCCGGAGGGCAGCAGAAGAAGAAGCAGGAGGCCGACAGUUUGAGCGGGAAAAGAGCCAAAGGUCUGGAGUUGCUGUACCAGCCGGAGGUGGUGAGGCUCUACCUGUCCCUGCUGACCUGCAGUCAGAACCACAACACCCUGGAGGCCGCCGCCGGAGCCCUGCAGAACCUCUCAGCGGGACACUGGGCUUGGUCCAGCUACAUCCGCGCUACAGUGAGGAAGGAGAAAGGCCUUCCUAUCCUGGUGGACCUGCUGCGUGCAGACGCCGACAAAGUCCUACGAGCCGUGUCUAUUGCUCUCCGCAACCUUGCCAUAGAUAGACGGAAUAAGGACAUCAUAGGGAACUAUGCCAUUAGGGACCUGGUGGGGAACCUCCCCUGUGGGCAGCAGCACCCGGCCAAGAACCUUGAGGGAGACACGGUGGUGUCCAUCCUGAACACCAUCCACGAGAUCAUCACCGACAACCAGGACAACGCCCGCGCCCUCAUUCAAGGACAAGCUAUUCACAAGCUGGUGGCCAUCAACAAGACCAGCCAAUCGUCACGCGAGAUCAAAGCAGCUGCUCAUGUUCUCCAGACAAUAUGGUCUUACAAGGACCUGAGGACCAACCUGUACAAGGCCGGCUGGAAGAAGAGCCUCUUCAAGCCUGUUAGCUCCGGUUCCUCCAAAAAGUCAAAGGGUGGAAAGCAAGGCAACGAUGAGAUAACCCUGCCUCUCAUGGAGAAAAACACCGAUGGGUACACCACAUUAGAGCAAAGCGACAGGACGGGAGAUGCAAAGGCAGCCAUCAUGGAGAGAGAGCCUCAACAGGCUAUUGGUGAGAGAAAACAUUUCAUACGCACGGGGCGGCCUGCGGUCGGACUGGUGGACAGCAAACCUCCACCACUUGACUCCUGGGUCUGAAGUUAACAGCAGAAACAAGCAGACUUUUUUUUACUGGUAUUAUAUGGAUUUUGAUCAAACAUUUCCAGAUGGAAAUACUGAAAGACUCGUAAUCUGAAAUGAGGUGUGCAGGGAACAUUAAACCUGCACUAUGUAACUUUUCUACAGCAGCUAUUAAGAAAAUAUCUGAACUAGAAAGUUUCUGUAGAAUAAAACACAGUUAUUAACGAGUCAAUCCAUCCAGAGAAUUUUUCCCUAAAAAUUGUUUUAUCUGAUCCACUUCUAAAAAUUUACAUAGUGCAGGUUUAAGGCUCAAAAUUGAAUCCCACCUGAACUUAUAUAUACUAUGUACAUUUUAUUACAAAUAAUGAAGAGAGGACUCUAUAGUUAAUAUAGUAGCAGUUAAACUAUGGGCAAUUUAUUAAAGUUAUAAAUUCCUCAAAUGAAAUUAUUGAGGAACUAUAAAAUAUAAAUUCAAAUAUUUUCAAUAUUUUUCAGUCAUAAAAUAAUAAGCAUUUAGUGAUAGACACUGGUGACUCCAAAUUACUUGUUAUUCUGAUAAUUAUUCAUAACCUAGUAUAUUUGUUAAAACACCUCUUUAAUGAUAAGACAAUGGGAUUGUACAUGUGUAAUAAAAGAUUGUUAAUAUUCUAAAUGAAGGUUUUUCUAUUGUAAUAUUUAUUGUUAUACUCAUAUUUAUUAAUAGUUGUGGAUGUUGUUAUCCAGUUAACAAAGAAGCUGUGUAUUAGCUAACUGUAAUUGGCCGUCCUACAUUUAAUAGUGGCAGAACUAACUUUUGCUUUGCAGUCGUCCUUUUGCAAUACUAUGCUGAAUGGAAAAUGAUAAUAAAGUCCAUGAUUUCUCAUUAAUAA